UAACAUGAUACGACACAAAAGAGGGCACAAAUAAUACAUAGAUUCUCUUGUAGUUUUAGUUGUCCAAACAGAAAUAUAAAUGCAUGACCUGUGUGCUUGACACUUCGUUAGUUCGGUCAAGCUGGAACGAUUUGGCUAAACGUGUGAAACAAAACUAAGUUGCUACAGUUAUUCUUGCAUCUACAAUUGAACGGCGCAUUUCCUUUGAUUCUAGUUCGUUUCAUUAGUUUUCAAUGGAGAAUGACGAAGAAUCAUAUAAUUUCUGCAAAAAUUUACCAAAAAUUGAAUUGCACGCCCAUUUAAAUGGUUCUCUUAGUGCAUCAAUUUUGCAAAAACUAGGUUGUUCCAGUGAAGAUAUACUAGGAUACCAAAAAUUAACUCAGCAGGUAUUUGCUCAAGAGAAAAGAUUACAAGAAUGUUUUUCUUUAUUUAAAAUAGCACAUAAUUCUACAAACAACAGAAAAGCCGUUUAUGAAGCUACCAAGUAUGUGGUGGAAGAAUUUCGUGCUGAUAAUGUCAUCUACCUUGAACUUCGAACGACACCAAGAAGGGAAGAAAAUAUGACGAAAAUUGAUUACAUUGAAGCUGUUGUAAAAGGAAUUCAAGAUGCACAAGAAGGUAUAAUUACAAAAUUACUGCUGUCAAUUGAUAGAGGGCAUGAUUUGAAGACAUCAGAAGAAAGCAUGGAUGCAAUUAUAAAAAUGAAAAAGAAAUACCCAAGCAUCAUUAAGGGUGUUGAUUUUUGUGGUAACCCUAACGUAGGAUCUUUUAACUGUAGUCUCUUCAAACAGGCUCGUGACAAUGGCUUAUUUGUCACUUUGCAUUGUGCGGAAGUGAAAAACAACAGUGAAGUUGACCAGAUACUUAGAUUUGAACCAGAUAGAAUUGGACAUGGUACUUUUAUACAUCCAAAGUAUGGAGGGUUUCAAGAAGGAUGGACAUUAUAUAAACAAAAAAUCAUACCGUUAGAAUGCUGUUUAACUUCCAAUGUCUUGUGUGGAACCGUUCAGUGCUAUAAGGAACACCACUUGCAAGAAUGGAUAAAAAAUUCUUUACCAUUUAGUUUAUGUACUGACGAUAAAGGAGUGUUUGGAAUAAGCCUUUCCAAAGAAUUAGCCUUGGCAAAAAAAUAUUUUGAAUUAAGCAGAGAACAUUUAUGGAAGAUAACGUACGACACUGUAGAUUACUCAUUUGCAUCAAACGAAGAAAAAAAGACUUUGAAGGAAAUAUUGGAGAAGUGGAAAUUAAAAAAUCUCUUCUAACAAAACA